AUGUCCAGACAUCCGACGCUCAUCAAACCUCCCAAAUCCCUUCCUCACCAUUCUCCCAUCGAGAACGUCCUCUCCCUCCUCCCGCUCGUCGACAUCGGCCCUGACAUCUACACCAAUGCCCGUCCUCUCUGGCACCCACCCGGGGCGCGAGGCAUCUACGGCGGCGCAGCCAUCGCUCAAUGUCUGUCGGCGGCGCAGGCCACGAUUCCUCCGGACUUCACGGUGCACAGCAUGCACUGCUACUUCGUGUUGGCGGGCAACUCGGAGAUCCCGAUCCUGUACCACGUGGAACGCGUGCGGGACGGGCGGAGCUUCAUCACCCGCACGGUGCAGGCACGGCAGCGAGGCAAGUGUAUCUUCACCACGACGCUGUCGUUUAUGAAGGAAGGCAGCGGCGGCAAGGAAAAGGUGGAACAUGCGGUGCCCAUGCCCACCGACGUGACGCCGCCGCCUGACACCGAAUCCAGCCGGUCGGCCUGGAGUGCCAACGACUCGGGCGAGUCGCAGCCGUUCGAGUCCGUCCGCUGCCCUGUGACACGACACGGCUCACCGGCGGAACGCAAACUGCGCCAGUGGAUCCGGGCCCGCGGCCGCAUCAGCGACUGUCCGCCCAACGUGCGCGAGGAGGAGCUGGCCCAGGGCGAGCGUGCCCACCAGCCCGGGAACAACCACCAAGCGCACCUCUCGGCGCUCGCCUACAUGUCCGACUCGUACUUCAUCGGCACCGUGGCCCGCGUGCACCGCCUGAUGCGCUUCGCCAACCGCCAGAACAUCGAGCGCACCCUGCGUGGCUUCCGGGGCUCGCAGGAAGAACGGGACCAGAUGAGGCGCUACCUGGAAGAGAUUGCCCGCGAGGAGGCCGAGGAGCACGAGCAGUUUGAUCAGUUGGAUAAGUCGCAGUCAUCAUCAUCAUCAUCGUCACCGUCGGCCCCGGCCACAGACGGCCGCCGCAUCGGCAUGAUGGUUUCGCUCGACCACACCAUCUACUUCCACAACCCGCGCGCCUUCCGCGCCGACGAGUGGAUGUUGACCGAAAUGGCCAGUCCGUGGGCCGGCGACGGCAGGGGCGUCGUCAUGCAGCGCAUCUGGAGUAAAGACGGCACCUUGAUCGCCUCGUGUGUCCAGGAAGGCGUGGUGCGGCUGGUGCAGAAGGACGAGAGUAAAUUAUGA